AACAAAAAAGUAGUUCAGAACAAUUAAACCUAAAAAAGUAAUAAAAUUGCUCUUAAUUCAAUUAAAAAAAAAAACGAACAACUGGAACAAGAAUUAGUUCAAUUGCAGUUUUGUGAUAUCACAAAAGGGACAGUUUUGAAUUACAACAAACUCGAUAAUCCGAUGAGUGAAAUAUCGUCUUACUAAAGUUCAGCUCACCGUGAAUAUAAAUAAUUGAGGCGUACAAGACAGAGACUCACAAAAAUCAAAACAUUGAACAAAAAUCGAACAAAAAAUGCAGUAAUUAAGGACAAAAAGUGAAAUAAACUGCCCUGUGAGAUGUAAGGAUUGAUCUGUGAUACGAAUUAACGCAAGUGAAAAAGAACAAAAAUCCACGAAAAAAUGCUAAUAAAGGAAUAUCGCAUCCCUUUGCCACUCACUGUGGAGGAAUAUCGAAUCGCUCAGUUGUAUAUGAUUGCGAAAAAAAGUCGCGAAGAAAGUCAAGGCGAAGGAAGUGGCGUGGAAAUCAUCGUGAAUGAACCUUAUACCGAAGGUCCCGGCGGAAAAGGUCAAUACACGCGAAAAAUUUAUCACGUCGGAAGUCACUUGCCCGGUUGGAUCAAAAGUUUGCUCCCAAAAUCCGCAUUAACGGUCGAAGAAGAGGCCUGGAAUGCAUAUCCUUACACAAAAACGCGUUACACUUGUCCGUUUGUCGAAAAAUUCUCCCUGGAAAUCGAGACGUGUUACAAACCCGACAACGGCUAUCAAGAAAAUGUCUUCGACCUGGGCAAAGACGACCUGAAAAAUCGCGUCGUUGAUCUCAUUGACAUCGUACGAGACCCUGUCACAGGAGCGGAUUAUUGUCGCGAGGAGGAUCCCUGUUUGUAUGUGUCGGAAAAAACCAAGAGAGGUCCCCUGACGGAAGACUGGAUCGACACGUAUUGGAAUGAAGUGAAGGGAAAGAAACAACCAACGAGCAAAAAUAUGUCCUUGAUGUGCGCUUAUAAAUUGUGCCGCGUGGAAUUUCGUUAUUGGGGCAUGCAGACGAAACUCGAAAAGUUUAUUCAUGAUAUCGCUUUGCGAAAGACGAUGGUCAAGGCACAUAGACAAGCUUGGGCAUGGCAGGAUGAAUGGUGUGAACUUACGAUGGAUGACAUUCGUGAAAUUGAGAGACAAACGCAGUUGGCGUUGCAGAAAAAGAUGGGAAGGGAAUCCGAGGAAGCUAAUAGCAAUGAAAAAGAUGAAAGCAAUCUCUCAAUAAACACCGAAACUGAGUCUAAAGAACAAAAAGAGCAAUCCACAGCACCUGAAGAGGAAAUCAGUCAUUUCCAUAGCAAUAAAAAACGCGAAAGUCUCGACUUAAAUUCAUAUUCCUUAUCCGAAGAAGAAUUUUUCGACUGUUUAGGCGAAGUAACUGACAACAUUUCCCUCGGAAAAUGGGGAUCAAUGGAACCCUUGGAAGAUCUCGAACACGACAACAACCAUCUGCAUCGUCAAGCAAGUCAAUUGUUGCAUCCCGAUCGCACGGAUUACGCAUCCUGCAACGUUUCAAAUCUCCUCAUCGUCUUUCAUGGCGGCAGUGUGUUGGAUGUUGGCGAAGAUUUGGUCGCUAAACGUUCGGAUAUCACGACUUUUAAGGGUGUCAUGGAGUUUGUGAUUCGUCAACAUUACACAAGUAUGAUUGGGCGCGUGGCAAUUAAGAAAGUCAGUUGUGAGAAUAUUUGCACGGAUAUUUUGAGCAAACUUUCGUCGAUCAAUCCAUAUUCCUUUGAGGCGACUUAUGCGGAAGGACCGUUACUUCCGGAUACUUUAAUCGGCAGUAUUCCCUUAAUAGCGACUUUGAAGCCGAAUUAUGAGGAUAUCGUUGUUCAAAGUAUUCAAGCAGCUAAUAAAAUUUAUCAAGAUUUUAUCAAAUCCAACGAAGGAUUCGGAUUUCGAGGCGAUAUCAGUAUUAUUGGCGACUCGGUUGGAUCAAUUAUUGCUUAUGAUGCUCUUCGGAUGACAGCUAAAGCGGGAGGGAAUCAAUUUUUGUUCGACGUGACGAACGUUUUCACCUUUGGAUCGCCUCUCGGGAUGAUUCUCAGCGCUCGAAUGUUCCAAAAAGGCGAUUUCAAGCGAGAAACCUUACCUUGCCAGCAAUUUUACAACCUUUUCCACUCGACAGAUCCCCUUUCAUGUCGCAUCGAGUCCAUCAUGAAUCGCAAAAUGGCGAAUAUCAGUCCCGUUAACAUCCCCCGCUACUCCAAAUACCCCAAAGGACACGGACAAAGCUUCGAUUUGGCUCAUUUCAUCCACUUGCAUCCGCAUACCUUCAUGGAACACAACGUUGAACGUCGUUCCUCCGAUGCCUCGUCACAAAGUAAGACUUCGGGAGCUGCCGAUAUGAUCGCUUGCAAAAUCCAGCAGAAUUGGUGGGGCACAAAACGCAUCGAUUACGCGUUAUAUUGCCCCGAAGGCCUCAGUAACUUGGCGGUAAGUGCGUUGCCGCAUCUCUUCCAUUCGAGUUAUUGGGAAAGUUGUGAUGCUGUGGCGUUCAUUUUGCGGCAAAUCGGGAAAUUUGACAAUGUCGAGAACGAAAUGAGCCAUACGGAGAUGAAGUUGUCGGAUCAUCCGCGCGAAAAAUGGAUUCGGAAGAGAACGUCGGUCAAAUUGAAGAAUGUGGCGUCGAAUCAUCGGGCGAACGAUGUGAUCGUCAAGGAAGGCGAACCGCAAAAAUUGAUGGCACGGUUUAUGUAUGGUCCGUUGGAUAUGAUAACGUUGGCAGGAGAAAAAGUUGAUAUUUACAUCAUGAAAGAGAAUCCGGAUUGGACUUUGAUGUCAACUGAAGUUACGGAUAAAAAUGGAAGGAUUUUUUAUACGAUACCGAGUGAUAAGGCAUUUGGAUUUGGGGUUUAUCCCGUUAAAAUGAUCGUUAGAGGCGAUCAAACAUCUGUCGAAUUCUUAUUAGCUGUCGUUCCUCCCCACACGGAAUGCGUCGUUUUCAGUAUUGAUGGGUCUUUUACUGCAUCGAUGUCUGUCUCCGGAAAAGAUCCCAAAGUUCGUCCCGGAGCUGUCGACAUUUGCCGAUAUUGGCAAGACUUGGGAUAUUUGCUCAUUUACAUCACAGGUCGUCCCGAUAUGCAACAACAAAAGGUAAUGUCGUGGCUCAGUCAACAUAAUUUCCCGUACGGCUUGCUUUCGUUCGCUGACGGGCUCUCCGCAGACCCUUUGGGACACAAACGCGCCCAUUUGAUCGAUUUAAUUGAAUCUCACGACAUCAUCAUCAGCUACGCGUAUGGCAGCAACAAGGAUAUUGCCGUUUAUAAUAGUAUUGGUUUGCAAGCGAAUCAAGUUUUCACCGUGGGCAAGGUCAACAAGAAGUUGCAGGCAAUGACAACUGUCAUCGCUGAUGGUUACGUGGCACAUUUGACGCAGCUGAAGGCGACCGCACACCGACCCGUUCAUGGAAAUGCCCGAAUGGUGAUUCCGCGUGACUUGUUCCGGUUUCCAGAGCCAUCAGCAUCGAUCCGGAAGAGCAGAUGACAAACAAGUUCGCUGAAAAAUCCUUAAAAUUUAUCGUAAAUCGGUGUCUUUGUAUAUUCUUUGUGUACUAUACGGAUGUUAGACAGCAGUUUAGAUCUAUCCGGUAGAUCAGCGUUUGUACUUUGUUACUUUUGGACUACUUAAAUUUGAGAGAUUUAGUCAGAAUUAUAGCGAAAAGGGGCCAGAAAACAUUUUUUUCUUCAACUUUUAACUCUUUUUCACUACUUUUUGUCUUCCUCGAAACUCUUUUUGGCAUCUUUCCCCGAAAUUUGUGUAAAUUCAAUAAAAAGACAAUCUAAAAUUGAUGGAUGUUUAAAUGAAAAAUGUGUCAAAAGUAGAGAUUUGUGGAUAAAAUAUGUUAAUUGGGAAAAAAUAGGGUAACUUUAAAAGUGAAAUGGAAAAAAAUACAAACCAAAUCAAAACUAAAUAUUUAUUAGAAGUGUAAGAUGGAAUGUUAAAAAUUAAAAAUUUUACGCAUUCGGAUCUUUUUAUCGAUGUUAUUGUUCAAAAUAUAUACAAAU